AUGACGUUCAGUCCAACUGCCAAAAACUACUUUACUGGAUAUGUGUGCUUAAAUGCAUUGGACGAUAAACAUCCUUGGAUGGAUAAAUGUAUUAGCCUUGUUCGUGGAGAGGAUGAUUUUAUUAAAAAACUGCCCAUUGACUUGAAGGAAGCAAUUUCAAGUGUCAUAUUUGCAUCUGCAAGCAAAAUAUGGAAAAGAAUUACUUCUGCGGCUCUUGAACUGCGACCUAAUUGUGGUGUUGGUCGUAUGUUGGUCGAGAAAUUAUCUGCGAAUGCACCUGAUGGUCCAACCAAACUAAAAAUUUUGACUGCAAUUGCUGAAGAACACAACAUCAAGUGGGAUCCUGAAUCAUUUGGAGCAAAAGAAUCAAAGAUUUAUGAGGACUUGCUGAAUGGACCAAAAGCAGAGGCCACCAAAAUUUUGGCAGAUCCUCCUAAUGCCCAUGCUUCACCCAGUCAUUAUGAGCAGAGACCUAGUGUUCAAGUUCCUAAUUAUGAUAAGGGGCCUCCUAAUGUUGAAGAUCCCAAACAUAUUGAAAAAAACAAUGCGUCCGCAAGCUUCUAUGACCAAAGCUUAAGAUCAUCUCCUCACCCUAAGAAUUUUAAUUAUUCAAAUAGUAGUGCCGAUAAUUCGAUGUCCUCUGGAACUUGUCCUCCAAAUUCAAAACCUCACGGAACUGAAAAUCACAGGAUGCAAUACAGGAAUUCAUAUCCUGGGAAUGAGAGUGCUUUAUCUUCAUCAAGGCAACAUUGGAAUAUGGAAUUCAAGGAUGCUACUGCUGCUGCCCAGGCAGCAGCAGAAUCUGCAGAGCAAGCGAGUAUGGCUGCCCGAGCUGCUGCUGAACUUUCAAGCCGUGGAAAUAUCUCCCAGCACCAGCAGUAUUCAACAGAAUCACACAUGUCAUCUGCUCAUAGUAUGAGAGAAGAGGAACCGCGAAAGUAUACUGGCUCAGCAUCUCACAAUGAACAUCUUGCUAAACAUCCAGUUAAUAUUUCCCGUUAUGAAAAGAAUUCUAGGAAUUAUGAGCAAACUGACAGCAGUGAACAACAUAACCGACCAGGAGAAGCUGAAAAUGUUUAUAUUAACAUAGUGAGCAGUGAUAAAUCCACUGACAGUUCCUAUAAGUCGACUGCAGCUUCCUUCAAUGAAAAACCAUCACUAAAUGAUCAAAUUGCUGAUGCAUAUUCCCAAAGAAACUCGUCUGAAGGCAGGCAGAUGAAGCGUUUUGCUGAAAUGAGUAUGAACAGAAACUCAGGUGAAAAUGGGAUGCAAUUUGUGAAUGAACUGCAUGAUAUUAAGAAUCCUCAGAAUGUUGAUCAUCAUGAAGUCAGGGUUGGGGGACAAUCAAGCUAUUCUUCUUCUCAUUCUCAAUCAAACACGUAUACUGAUGAUCAUGUCUUUGUCUCUAAUUUAAAUUGGCAGAAGUCAGAAAAUGACCUGAGAAACUCAGGUGAAAGCAGGAUGCCGUUUGUGAAUGAACUGCAUGAAACAAAGAAUUCUGAUUCUGCUGAUUAUCAGGAAGAAGGGAUCAGGAAGCAAUCAAGCUAUUCUUCGUCUCAUUCUCUUUCGAGUACUUUUUCUGAUGAUCAUGAUGUUGUAUCAAAUUUUAAUCAGCAGGUUAGGAUAAUUCUGCGAGGAUCCUUUCUUCUCAUGAUAAGGAAGCCUUCAAAGAAGCGCAAAAGAAACAAUAGAUUCUCAAAUGACAAUGCCUCCGCAUUUUUUGAGAUUAUGGAUCAGAUAUUGAGAAUCAGUCUACUCCUGUUUUCUUUGAAGGUUCAACUGGCGCUGCGAGUUCCUUCACGAUGGAGUGACCUGCCUGCCACUUUCGAUGAUUAUGGCCCUGGAUCAGAAAGUGAAGAAGAGGUAGACAAAUCUAAGUUUGUUAGGACUGAUCCUAGUGUAGGUAGUCAUAAAAAGAAUAUUGAUUCUCACCAAGCUGAAAACAGUAUUUUCCCUCCGAAGUUGGCUGAAGACAUUGAAGAUACUGAACCUUCUUAUGAUUCUAGUCUGGAAGAAAGUAAGGAAUUGAAACCUUCUUAUGAUUCUAGUCUGGAAGAAAGUAAGGAAUUGAAACCUUCUUAUGAUUCUAGUUUGCAAGCAAGUAAGGAAUUGAACUUUGGAAACUUGACAGGUGGCCUUCGAAAUAAGGGUUAUAGGCGACCACCAUAUUCAAAAACUCCACGAGGCAAUGCUUUAUCCUCUGGAGAGGCAGCCAAUGAUAUAUCUACCAGAUUUAAGCAACCAUCCCCUCCUGCAACAGUGGAGGCUUCAAUUAGUACUGGAUCUAUCAAUCAAGAGCCAUACGGUAGGAAAGUGAGUGAAGAAGUGAAUAGAAAACUCAGCACGAGAGCAUCAGUUACUCAUGUUGAUUCUAGUGAUGAUGACUCUGAGGGGGAACGACCAAAACAAACUUUUAGUAGCACUCAAGACCAAUACAACAAAACGCCAUGCUUUGAAGAAAAUAAAACAUCAAGCUUAAGGGUCCCUAUCUCUUACUUUGGUUCAGGAAAUAUUGAUUCUGAUGAGGAUCUUCCUAAGCCAAGUCUAAAGGCUCGCUCAAAUGCUGGUUUUUCUCAAAGAACAAAGGCCUCUCCUUCAAAUUCACGAAGAAGUUCCAAUCUUAAGACUACAAUUUCCUCGCAACCAACAGUAGUUUCUGACUAUGGUGGGGAGAAGGAUUCCUCCUCAAGGAGUUCUAAUGCUGAUGAAGCUCUACCAAAGUCUCAGUCUCGGAAAAAGAACUCAGAUCACUGCGAAAGUUUUCAGCAUGCCCAGUUGGCAUCACAAGCAACUUCGAAGCUGGUUUCAGAAACCAAAAGGUCUUCAUUUGAUGGAACUUUGAAGUCAUCAGAAAAGGAACAGCCAUCAACUUCUGUCCUGAAGAUUGAAGGCUCAAACUUGAAGGCUCAAACUUCAAUUGGGGAGGGAUCAUCUAAGGGGAGUGUUAGCCAUGUUCACCCAAAGCUUCCUGAUUAUGAUAUCUUGACCGCACACUUAAAUUCUCUCAGACAGAAUCGCCAAUGA